UUUCACAGAGGAGAGGUAGGACUGUGGUAAGGAGCGACAGCAGCGAUGGCUGAGCGAAGCCACGGUCCGUGUAUAAUGCGUUUAUUUUACGCUUUGGCCAUAUGGAUGACAUACAUCCACUGCUCCAAUGGAAUUGCCUGGACACUUGAGAAGCUCGAGCACCGAGCCAUCACACUAACACAAGAUGAGAUUCGUACCGCCCUGUCUCACACUGACCUGGAGCAGAUGUGGCAGAGGGAUCUGAGGCCGCUGCUGGUUACCAGGUACCCAGGCUCUGCAGGCAGUCGAGCUGUGCAGGAGCACAUCAAAACAACCUUCAGUUCCCUCGGAGCAGGCUGGGAAGUGACAGAGGACAGGUUUGUGUCACAGACACCCUAUGGCCCCCUGCCCUUCACCAACCUUAUUGCCACCCUCAACCCAUCAGCCAAACGCCGCCUGGUUCUGGCCUGUCACUACGACUCCAAGUACUACCCACCACAGUGGCACGGGAGGGAGUUCCACGGCGCUACCGAUUCUGCUGUUCCCUGUGCCAUGAUGCUGGAGCUGGCACGAGCCCUGAAUGAAGAACUGAAAGCUCAGAAGAGCUCCAACCCCAACCUGACCCUGCAGCUGAUCUUCUUUGACGGAGAGGAGGCUCUUUUACAGUGGACCUCCACAGACUCCCUGUACGGUUCUCGGCACCUGGCCCACAAGAUGGAGAGCACCCCGCACCCGCCCGGAGCCACAGACACCAACCAACUACACGGCAUAGAUCUGUUUGUGUUGUUGGACCUGAUCGGAGCUCCCAGCCCUCACUUUGGCAACCAGUUCCCCAGCACAACACCCUGGCUCACCAGACUGCAGAGCAUUGAAAAGCGGCUCCACUCCAUGAACCAGCUGAAAGAUCAUCCUAACAGUGUGCAGUAUUUCUGGCCCGAUCGACCUGUUGGACACAUACAGGAUGAUCAUAUACCAUUCCUAAACAGAGGUGUACGUGUCCUCCAUCUUAUCCCCUCCCCCUUCCCGUCCGUGUGGCACACGUUUGAUGACAACGAACAGAACCUCGAUCGCUCCACCAUUCAGAACCUCAACAAGAUCUUGCAGGUCUUUGUUCUGGAGUACCUCAACGCCAGACCAGCCGUAUCUUCAAUCCCUCCGAACCCGCAGAAUGCUCCGUAAAAUUCCCAGCAUACUCUUCAGCAACUCUGUGUCUUUUUGAUGUUUCUCUGUAGCAAAGGUCUUCAACUCUUAUUUUAUAGAGUGGCAUUUACUGCUAUUUAUAUGCCAACACAUCUAUGGCAGUAACAAUAUGGGUGCCAACUGCAGAAAACAUUUAGCACAGAGAAUAUGUUAAUAUAAAAAAGUUCAUAUUUUGUCCUGUUUGAGUAUAUAUGUAACAUAUUUUCAUUGUCAAUUGUUUAAACUCCAUGGCUUCAUCUUCCCUUCAAGCCCUCAGUACCCAGCAGUGAGAUCAGCACACAGGAUCUUCUGUGUGUUUUUUACUACAGUGCUCUCUUUAUAUCAGCCUAAACCCCUCAUUUACCCUGAGAGGAGGCUUCUUAGUGUCAGUGCUAAUGUCUAGGAUCUGCUCCACUAGUGUCAGACAUGGUGAAAAAGAGUUUUGAAAAAAAAAAGAUAAAUUGUAACUGGGAGCCAUUGAAAGGCUAUGAUGUCCUCUAUUUUGUGAUUUCCCAGGAAACAAAUGCAUGAAUGCAUUGUAAGUCCGAAGUUGGUCAUAUGUUCUACAUGAAUUGCUAUGGCAACAGCCUGAAAACCUUUGCUCGUAACAUUCAGAAUCAUCUGUUAUGAUAAAUAUACACAAUAAGGCCAUUCACAUUAAUGCUAGUAAAAUAUACAGCGUGGGAAAGAGAAAGUGACAGCACACAUGCCACAAGGUGGUUUUAGCUACAGGAUAUGUGACAUUUCCUUUCGUACAGUAAAUCUGUUCAGUGUUUAAAGAGUAAACCUUUCAGUGGCAGGACGUGGGUUUAUCUGUAUUAUCACAUCAUCUUUUAGCCCUUCAUAUCCUGUCACCUCAGAUAGUGAAGCAGAUGACUUCCUGUGCUGAUGUUACACGUGCCUGCCUUUGUUUAUAUGUCAUUAUUAGGCUGAUCUUAAUGUAGAUCCCAGAAUAAUAUACAGUGCCAAAACUGGACUUCCUGUAUUUUGAGGCUGAAAUAAAUGUUGAUUCAGAAUACAAAGCA